AUGACUGUGAAUCGUAUAAGGGUGGUGGUGCUAGGGAGUCCACGGAGUGGCAAAUCUGCGGUGGUCGUGCGUUAUCUAACCAAGCGGUACAUCGGAGAAUAUAGCUCGACAGGAGAUUUCCUUUAUCAACACAGAGUGGCUUUCGACGGUGCCGUUUCAGAAGUUGAAAUACUAGAUACAUCUAAUUGCGCGAUCCGCGGUUGCCUAGCAGAACACGUGCGAUGGGGAGAUGCAUUUGCGGUGGUGUACUCAGUUUGCGAGAGGCGAUCAUUCCUUGCGGCUGCAGAACUGUUGUCACUGCUAGAACGCACUCGGCUGCCCGGCUGUGCGGCCGUCACCCUCUUAGGAAACAAGCGUGACCUCGAGCACGCCAGGGAGGUCCAUGCAGAAGAGGGUCAGGAGCUGUCAUUGAGAUUUGGUUGUCAAUUUUACGAGGUGUCGGCAGCAGAGUCGUGCGCGGGCGCCGCUCUGGCGUUCCACGCGUUAUUGCGCGAGGCUCGCGCGCUUGCACUCCUAUUGCCUGCGCCCAGGCGCAAACUUGCCGCAUACUCUGUGUCUAAGGUCAUUGGCACAAUAUUCGGCAAAAAUAGCAAGAGCGUCAGAAAGAAACGACCAUCACUAAGCAUUUAA